GACGCGCUUUCUGUUGGCAAAAAGGAUGAAGCAUCAGUGCUCAGAGAAGAGAUAUACCAUGUAUUUUUGUAUGGAACCUAACCAUUUAUGUGCUUUUAUUUGAUGUUUUUGUUUCCAUGGACCAUUCUUCAGAAUUUAUCAUACAGGGAGAUAUUUUUGGAUCUUCACAGUUUGGCUGACAAAGGACUUGGGGAAACUGAGACUGUCAUAUUAUUUAACAAAACAAACAAAAAAAAGAAUAUUUUCUUGGACUCUGGAUCAACACUGGAAAGAUGCCUGUGAUUGUGCUGGAGGCCAGAGACUUUGCCAGUCCUCUGUUUUUGGUGCGAACAUGGGAAGUGAUUUCUGGUUGUGUCACCUUCAGCCUCGUAGAUUCGCUGGAAGAAUCGGAACUAAACAAAGAUCCAUCUUACCAAAGCACUUUCAGGAUCUUCUGCAUGUUUACCUGGUGCUUCUUCUUCACCCUUACCCUCCUUAUCCACAUUCUCAGCAUCAUCCAGUUUCACAGCCUCCUUCCAAUAUCUUGGAAAAACCUGACCAUGACAGUGGCAGUGUUUGGUGCACUGAUGUGUCUCAGUGUGUCCGUUAUUUUCCCUUGGAUCAUCAUAGAGCAUGAAAGGGUGUUUCCACGCCCCAUGGCGGCUGCUGUGGCCUCCUGUCUUACCUUCCUGGCAUACGCCUCUGAGUCCUGCGUGCUUUGCAGGCAAACACAUGAGCAAAGAGGGUACAUGGGCAGCAAGCCUGGUCUCCUAAAGAUACUCCAGCUGUGGGGAGGUUGUCAGAUGAUACCUCUGUUUGUGGAAGCCAUCCAGGACUUGCCUAAUCGAGUGAACAGUUGGCAGUUGUGGGUUUCCGGUGUGUCUUACGGGAUCUGUAUCAUCAUGUCUGUAGUCACAGUGGUGGUAAUUUUAGGCGACUUUGCUGGACAAUGUUGCCUACCCUUUGACAGAUUUCUGGCUGGGUUCAGUCUAAUUGGGGUGCUGCUCUACAUGGUGGCCACAGUGAUUUGCUUUACAAAGAUACUUGAGCUGAGAGACUUCAGGCCAAUCCAUCAGCAAACCAGUGCAGAAAUGGUAAUCAUGGAGACAGUGAUUGCAAGCAUUACACUGUUAGCUUUUACAGUGGACCUCGCCUUCUCCAUUAAACUUUUGUGUGAUAGAAGUCAUUCAUGAAUUCAUAAAUGUACAGCAUGUGGCAUUCAUUAUUUGACCUUUUACAUUUCACUGUGCAAGAUGUGGAAUAUAAUAUUAAGGUUUUCAUUUAUGUGUAACUGCCUUUCUCAAACUUAAGGGUUAGGAUCCAAAAGGCUUCAUUGACUAUUUUUCAUUGUAUUGCCAAUUGAAAAAUGAAAAUUGAUUUUUUGAAUUUUUCCUGAACAGAGAUUUUACAAGAAAUUAUUUUGUCUGUGGAAUAUGAAGGCAGUCUUGUAUUGUAUUUGUCAUUAGUAUUUUUUAUUUUGUGUGUCUGUUUGUUGGUAACUAGUGUGCUGUUCGUGUCAUAGCUAACAACUCUAGUUGAGCCACAACUUCUGGCAUUACGUUUUUGACUGCAAGUGUGUUUUUCACAAGCUAACAUCAAAUGUCAGUGUUUGCCUUCAUUGUUGGUGUUUAUGAUGUUUAGCUGCACCUAACAUUUGAGCAUUCUGUCUGUGAUUUGCAGCUUUGUCCUUAACUACAAUGAUAGUAUGGAAAUUCAGAACAUAUUUUUGGACAUCUGGAUCCAUGAUGUUUAAUUGCAUGAUAAUGACAACUGUUGCCUUUAUGUUACCUUAGAUUGAUCUUUAUAUCCAGAGGAAGCAGGUCCCAGUUCAUUUAAUCCACCAUGUUGCAUCACCAUCUUUAGCCCAAAACAGACUUUUUUUUGUUCUUUUUUUUUUUUUUUAGUUUUAUAGCAAUGAGCAUCCAGUGUUAAAUCAUAUUACUGAUAAACAGUGUCUUUUGUCUGGAACCAGUCGAUAUCAGUAAACACCUUUUACUGAUACAACCUUUAUUUGCCGUAAGAAAGUAUGUAAAUGUCAAACUUAAUGGUUGAUUUUGAAAUUAAUCAGUAUUGUGUAACCAAAUUUAUUUUUGAGACAUAUGAACUUCUAACUUAACAGCUGCUUAUAUCAAACUUUGCAAAAUCAAACUAAACAAAAAAACAAACAAACAAAA